UUUACGCAUUGUUGUACGCACCAAUUCGAGUCUUGGGUGACGAGACCGGCAGCGGAGCGGUCCCGAUGGCGGCGGCCGAACCUCCAGCCUGCGCUUCCCGCCUCCGCCACCUCGUCGAACUCAUCGAGCUCAAAGCGCACAAGGACCCCGUCGCCGCCCUUUCCCACCUUGACUCCCUCGCCGCCCACCAUCCCUUCUCAUGCCCCUCCCCUUCCCUUCUCUUCCGCCUCCUCCGCGCUGUCUCCGCCUCCGCCCCCUCCCACCUUCCCCGCCUCCUCCGCUUCCUCCGCCACCACCCCCGUUGCCCCCGCUUCUCCGAGGCGGCGGCCCUCGUCGCCCUCAAGGCAUUCUCCCGCGCUCUCAUGCCCGACGAGGCCCUCCGCACCUUCCGCUCCCUCCCCGACAUCUUCCGCUGCACGCCCGGCGUCCGCUCCCACAACGCCCUACUCGACGCCUUCGUCCGCGCGCGCCGCUGGGAUGAGGCCGAGUCUUUCUUCGCCUUUUUCUCCGCCCGCGCUCGCGUCCGCCCCAACCUCCAGACCUACAACAUCCUCAUCCGAGGCCUCUGUGCCCGCGAACAGCUCGUCCGGGCGCUGGAGCUGCUCCAAACGAUCCGGUCUGGCGGUAUCGAGCCCAACCACGUCACCUACAGCACCCUUAUGUGUGCCCUGAUCAAAAGAGGUGAUUUGGACAAAGCACUCGAGGUCUUCGAUGAAAUGUGCGAUAGGAAGGUGGCUGCCGACGUUGUAUGCUACAAUGUCCUGAUCGAUGGGUUCUUGAAGAAUGAUGAACUCGACAAGGCUAUGGAGAUGUGGAAUCGAAUGGUGAGCGACAGGGCAGUUAGUCCGACCGUGGCGACCUAUAAUGUGAUGUUGAAUGGUCUUUGCAAGCUCGGCAAGUUCAAUGAGGUGAUGGAGCUGUGGGGUCGAAUGGUGGCGAACAGCCACCGUCCUGAUUCCUUCACCUAUGGAAUUCUGAUUCAUGGAUUAUGUGAGUCCGGGAAUGUGGAUGGGGCAUCACGAGUCUACACAGAGAUGAUGAAGAAUGGGUUUGUUCUUGACACUGUCACCUGCAAUUCUCUGCUUAAUGGCUUCUGCAGAGCAGGGAGGUUGGAGGAGUCUUCGAAGCUGUGGGAAUCAAUGCAAAGUGCAGGGCACUGUAACACUGUCAGUUACAACAUUCUGAUUAGAGGCCUCUUUGAGAAUGGUAGGGUAGAAGAUGCUAUCAUCCUCUGGGAACAGUUGCAGCAGCAGCAACAUAAGGCUUUGCGUCCAGAUUCGGUCACUUAUGGUGUUUUGAUACAUGGGUUAUGUGAGAAUGGGUACAUUAACAAGGCAUUGCAAGUACUGAAGAAGGCAGAAGAAGGUGAAGAUAAGAUUUUGGAUGUCUUUGCAUAUACAUCUAUGUUAGAUGGUCUCUGUAAAGACAAGAGAAUCGAUGAAGCUAUUUGCGUUUACAAUCAAAUGGCUAAAUGUGGUUGCAGACCAAACUCGCAAACUCACAAUGCCCUUAUAAGUGGCUUCUGCAGAGUAUCUAAGAUCUCAGAAGCCAUCCAGUUUUUCAAUCAGAUGCAAAGCAGUGGUUGCUCUCCUACUAUUGUGACAUACAACACCCUUAUCGGUGGUCUGUGUAAAGCAGAAAGGUUCUUUGAAGCUUCUGUGUUUACAAGGGAAAUGAUGGAGAAAGGCUUCAAACCUGAUACGAUCACAUACAGCUCGUUGAUAGAUGGUCUUUGUCGAGAUAAGAAGCUUGAUGCUGCUCUUGAUAUUUGGAACAGAGUUUUCAAUAUGGGAGAUGGAGCUGAUGUCAUUAUGCACAACAUUAUCAUCCAUGGUCUUUGUUCUGCUGGGAAAGUGGAAGAAGCCUUACGUGUUCAUUCUGAGAUGAAACGAAGAAACUGCACGCCAACCUUGGUCACCCAUAAUACGCUCAUGGAUGGACUUUAUGAAUCUGGUGAUUGUGAAAAAGCAUCGACUGUAUGGAUUGAGAUGCUAGAAGUUGGAUUGGAGCCAGACAUCAUCUCUUACAACAUAGCUCUCAAAGGCCUUUGUUCAUAUAACAGGACGUCGGAAGCGGUUCAGUUGUUGCAUGAUGCCUUGAGCCAUGGCAUAAUCCCAUCCACCAUUACAUGGAGUAUACUUCUUAGGGCAGUGAUGAAAGAAGGUCCUGCUCAAACAUGAUGACUAUGAAGUUCUGCCUCAAGCUUAAUCAGAGACUAGUUUCUGACACAUCAAGUUAGCGACCAUCUCUGCUUUUCCUUGGCUCAAGUUGCAGCAAUAUUUUUCUUUAGCAUCAGGGUGUGUGACUCAAUGUGACUCAAUUACACAACUUUCAACACCAACAACAAAGCCGUUUUAAACAUUGACUAAACCGCCCACCAUGGGGCUCAAACCCAUGGCCACAAGGUUAAGAGCCUUGCACUCUACCGACUGAGCCGGAUGGGCUUGUUCAGUUGCACAAAGUUGGGAAUGUAUCAUCAGAAUCACAACUGGAUUCAAAAGCAACUUUAGCUUGUAUGUAGCAAACUACAAGAUAUUCUUUCUAUGGAUUAUCUACAUGCAUCAUUUCAUCUUCAACUCUGGGCACACAACAUGCUGCACCGCAAUACUGAUAUCAAAUUGGUGAGCUGUUAUCUACUCCUAGAUAUUUGGCUUUUCCUGAUAUCAAAUUAAUCGUCAAUGGCAGGCUGUUCUCCCAUAUGAACCGAGAAAGCAAGCCCGCGCAUUAUCAGCCAAAUGCUGCAAGUUUACACCAAUUCAACUUGUAAUUAUCAAAAAGAGCAUUGCAGAUCAUGGCAGCAAGCAAAGCCAUUAGCACAGGUCUGAAUAUCUUGGCAAAUUAUGUGAAGGCAUGUACCAGACUCUCCAGGUGCUCUAAUAUCUUCUACAAGCCAAGCAAGAGAGUACUAUUAUUUAUUUAAGAAGGCUUCUCUAGUGUAGGAGACGCUGACAUUGGCUUCCUCAAGCUUUAGGAGUGUGUUUUUUCCAGCUUGAAUGAUCUUGGCAUUUUCAUCCUCUGCAAAUGGACUGGGGAGCAAUGUUCAUUGACAAGGUGGUGAGAGAGAUCCUUUGGAUGUUCGAGUGAUGAACUGACUGAUUAGUGAAUUUGUAGCUGUUCUUUGCUUUGAGAAGAUAUCCUAAUGCAAGGAUAAUUGUUGCAAUCUUAUGGUAAAAAGCUAAGAGAUGGUGUUGGCCUGGCAGCAUAAGGCUGGGGAGUAUCCUCAGUUUUGGUCUUCACCUAUUUAUUUUCUUGGAAGGAAUACUUCUGAUGUGUGACAAACUAUUAAAUCUGUAACAUCUCUGACUAGUUUCACAUCGAAAGUGAAUAAGACUAAGAUUGAUUUAUAAA